AUGACGGGGAAAGGAGCGAAAGGGUUGAUUAUGGGGAAACCUAGCGGCAGCGAGAAGGACAAGGACAAGAAGAAACCCAUAACCCGUUCUUCGCGAGCUGGACUUCAGUUCCCAGUAGGUAGGGUGCAUCGUCUGUUGAAGACAAGGUCCACUGCUCACGGAAGGGUUGGAGCAACCGCAGCUGUUUACACGGCGGCGAUAUUGGAGUACCUGACCGCAGAAGUGUUGGAGUUGGCCGGUAACGCGAGCAAGGACCUGAAGGUGAAACGUAUCUCGCCGAGGCACUUGCAGCUCGCGAUCCGUGGAGACGAAGAGCUCGACACUCUCAUCAAAGGAACCAUAGCUGGUGGUGGAGUCAUCCCUCACAUCCACAAGUCUCUCAUCAACAAAUCCGCCAAGGAAUAG